UCUUCUUCCAAGACCACAUCAGCCAACAGCCUCUAAAAUAGAUUUUCAUAUCUGUUACUAUAAUUCUAAGAAAAUCUAGAUUGUCAUAAUAUGUCAUGAUAAUCAGAAUUAAUUGCAUUAAAUUUGUUCAAUGAUAUUUGGCUGACUUAAAAAGGAAAAAAAGAGAAAAGUAAAAGUUUCACUGAAGAGUAACCGCUGGCUUAUUCACGAACUUUGCCCCCUCCCAAAAAUCCAAAUGCUUUUCAUCUCUUCUUAUAUGUAAAUUCAUUCUCUGUUCAGCCCUUUACUUCAAUUUCUUUUGCUGGUUGUUUUUGCCUCCCUCCCCUUCAUUUGAUCAUACCCGUUUCAGUUUUUAGGCUGUUUUGUUUAAAGGUUUUGAAACAGGUUUAGUUCAAUCAGGGGGGAAAGAAAUCAUCUUUAUUUGGUUUUAGUCGAUUUUUUUUGGAGGUUUGAUUGAAGAACAGGGGGUUUUUUGGGAAUGGCAAAUGAUGCUACUGAGGUUUCGGAUUCACAGCUUUGCUCCCUGGCGAUUGAAGCUGGAGUGAAGUUACUGUCUCCACCAUCAUCUGUUGCUGGAAUUCUCUCAGUUCUGGAUAGUGCGGAAAGCCUUUUGAGCUCGCUGGGGCAAGGUCCUUCCCAAGAAUUACGCGAUGCUCUUCUACCUGCAAUGAAGGGGCUUAUCUCUGACAGGCUUUUCAAACAUUGCAAUGUGGAUAUUAAGGUUUCAGUGUUGUCUUGCAUUCAUGAGCUUGUUCGACUUGCAGCACCCGACACACCGUACAAAGAUGAAUGCAUGAAGGUAAUCUUCCAGCAGACUGUAAACAUUGUGUUUGGGAAGUUGUCUUCCCUUUCUGGUCGCCCAUAUGAGAAGGCCGUACAAAUUCUAUACACAGUUGCCAAGGUCAGAUCUGGCUUAAUUCUAUUGGACCUUGGAUGUAAUGCAUUGAUCAGUCGAAUGUUCCAGAUCUUCAUUGAUACCAUACGGCCAAACCAUCCGGAUGCUGUUUUCUCAAACAUGGAGGAAAUUAUGACUUCGCUAAUUCAGGAAAGUGAUGACCUCUCGCUAGAUCUUCUGAAGCCUUUGAUAACUGUGGUAAAUAAGGAUAACCAGAUUAUUUCACCACCUUCCCGGAUAUUAGCAGAGAAAGUACUGAAGAACUGCUCUGAGAAAGUUAAACCUUACCUCACGAAAUUAGUGGAACAGCUGAGGAAAGAUGCUUCGGCUUGUUCCUUUGUAAUUGCUUCAAUUUGGCAUGACAUGCCUGCUUUAGAAAAUGUGAUGGAAGAAGCCGGAAAAGAUGUGUCUGAUUUUGUGCCAAAGCUGGUGGGUGGCAAAUCCAUCCAAGUGGACAGUUCUAUAAGCUCAUCAGAGGAUGAGCAGGCUUCAAAGGUUUUAGUUAGCCAUGAACAGAGUGAGAAGCUGCAAAUUGUUGACAUAGAAUCUGCGCAAACUGACGCUGGAGGAAGUGAAGGAGGUCUAGGAACAAAAGCAUGGGUAGAGAUUCUACCUGAUCGAAACAAGAACACUUCAAUGGAAUCACCAGUCCUCAAACAGGUUGAGCUGCUGCAAAUUGUUGAUGACAAAUCUGUUCAACCUGACACUUUGCAAACUGAAGGAAAAAUGGGAAUAGAAGCAAGCAGAGAAGUACUUGCGGUUGGAAGAAAGAACAGUAGCAAGAGAUUAAUGGGACAAGAAGAGAUUGAGCAAUUACAAAUGUUUGCUAAAGAAUCUGUUCGGCCUGACGCUCUAGAAGCUGGAGGUGAAGUACUUCCUAGUGGAGGGGAGAAGAAUUCAAAGGCAUUAGCAGGCAAUGAACAGAUUGCGCAGCUGCAAAAUAUUCCUCCUAAAGAAUACGCCAAACCUGAUGAUUUCAGAACUGAAGGACAGCGAAUGAAAGCAUGCCAAUAUGUACUUCCUGCUCGUGGGGAGGAAAAACCUGAGGAGGUUCAUUCUCAUUCUGUGGUCAGUGGUGGCAAGGGUUCUUCCGAAAAACCACGGAAGAGGAAGAACUAUGAGAAACAGAAAAGCUCACCAGAGAAUAUACUCUUAAGUGAGUACCCUCAGCAAUCCAACCCUGUCAUCCUGGAACAAAUUACCUCGAGCGGGAAGGAUAUAACCUUAAAGAAGAGGAAAACAAACCUUUCUGAUUCUGGAAUGAAAGGGAAAACCAGUGAAUGCGAUGCUGAAGUUCUUCCGAAGGGUUAUAGAAAACCUAGAGAUGACCAAGAAUAUCGGGAGGAAUUAAUUGGUUCAAGGGUAUUGGUCUGGUGGCCGGCUGACCAACAGUUCUAUGAGGGAGCUGUUGAGGCAUACGAUCCUGUAAAGAAAGAGCAUAAGGUGGCUUAUCUUGAUGGUGAUGUAGAAAUUUUGAGAUUGCAACAGGAGCGCUGGUUACUGCAUGAUGAGAUAUCUACUGUCAGGCAUUACGAAAAACCUAAAACUGUGAAAGAGUACCGCGAAGAGAUCGUCGGUUCAAGGGUAAAGGUUUCAUUGCCCCAUGACCAUGAGUUUUUUGAGGGAAUUGUGGAGACAUAUGAUCCUAUAAAGAAAGAGAAUAAGGUGGUCUAUCUUGAUGACGUAGCAAUUUUGAGAUUAGAAAAUGACUGCUGGUUACUGCAUGAUGAAAUAUCUGCUGCAAGGUGUUUCGAAGACUAUAGAUCUGUGAAAGAGUACUGUGAAGAGAUUGUUGGUUCAAGGGUAAAGGUUUGGUGGCCGGCUGACCAUGAAUACUAUGAGGGCAUUGUUGAGACAUAUGAUCCUAUUAAGAAAGAGCAUAAGGUGGUUUAUCUUGAUGGUGAUGUGGAGAUUUUGAGGUUAGAAAAUGAGCGCUGGUUACUACAUGUUGAGAUAAGGAAAUAUCAGGAGGCUAAUCUUCCAAAUUCUUCAGCUGCUCCACUAAAGUUUCAAACUAAAGCUGACCGGAUAAGUAGGGGGAUGGAAGGUUGCUCCAACUUGACUUGCUGA